AUGAGUGAAGCAUAUGAAACGGUCAAACCUCCCAAGGGUCAUUUCUAUUUAGCAGGGCGACUAUUCCCUCGCGUGAAAUGGUGGAAACAACGCAAUAUGCGAGUCCUGUACUUCUACAUUUUAGUUCUAAUCGCGACAAACACCGCUAAUGGAUUUGAUAACUCCAUGAUGUGA